GAAGAAAUAGUCAAUGAUAAAAUUAAUAUCAUAUUUAUUAUUGAUUUAGCAAUCACAUUUUUGUCUUAUGAUCGAAUAAUUAUACGAACGAAUUUCAAUUACCUGCGAUCCCUUUUACUAGAAAAGCGAAGUAAAUGGAGCUGGGGGGAUUUCAAGGAGGACACCAGGGCUCCGUUUUAUGCGUGGACGUCUUCGAGGACAUCAUUGUUUCGGGGGGAGAAAAUGGAGAUUUGUGCCAAUGGAAUAAUGAUGGGCACUUGAUAUGCAAGUACACCGAAGAAAGCACUGAUUGUACCUCUGUGCUCAUAUCACAACUGAAAAAGGAUGUCAUUUAUGCCGCGUUCAAUGACACAGUCAAAAUUUUUAAUGCUGGAGAACUAACAUUACCGUUGGAUGCUUUCAGCUUUAAUUCGGACGAAAUAAACCAGAUAGCUGUGGAUGAAAAAGAGAAAUAUUUGGCUGCUAGUGAUGAUGCUGGAGAAAUUAAGGUCAUUGAUUUGGGUGAGAAGAAAUUGUACAAAACUCUUAAAAAUAAACACACCAAUAUAUGUGCUUCUGUGUGUUUCAGACCUAAAAAGCCAUGGGAACUCUUUUCAGGAGGUCUAGAUUCCAAACUGAUUCACUGGGACUUUUCUCGCCAUAAGUGCCUAAACAUGUUUGACAUGAAUGAACUGAAUAAUCCAUUUGAAACAACAGAUUUGUACAUGGUUAGUCCUCCCUUUGUCCAUCAUCUGUCCGCUAGCUCAGAUGGAAAAUACUUGGUGGCAGCACUGGAGAAUGGCCUGAUAGCAGUGUUUGACAGCACUCGAAAACACCUGAGAGAGUUGUUUAGUCUCCACACUCACACACAGGGUGUUUCUCAGGUGCAUUUUAUAACAGAGGACAAAUUUGUUUCAGGGGGAAAUGACUGUUGCAUUGCAUUAUGGGACUUAUCCAAAUCCCAUGAUCACCCAGACCUGGUUUUACCUGCUAAUGCCCACGCUGUCAAUGGUACUUCUAGUGAAAACAGUAUCGCACCAGAUCCUUUGGAAACAAAAAACCAAACAAUGACUGACAUUUGUCUCAUGAAUAAAAUUGAGCACACUGGAAAAAUUAACUGGAUGAAACCUUUUUACAAGGAACAUUGGAAAAUCAUAAUUGGUGAUGAGUCUGAUAAACUGACUAUCAAGACAUUAGAUAUACUUUAACUGUGUGAAAUUGUAAAUGAUUUUUAUAUAUCUGAUGUGCAUCCUAGCUUGAAAGUGACAUGUUAUAAAUAUAUAUACUUGA